AUGUAUUGCCAAAACUGUCGCACACCUCUCAAACUAGACGGCUCUCUCGAGUCGCUCAAUCCCGCGGCUUUUGACCUCCUUGUCGGCUCUACCGGUCGAUCCGUUCCAGAUCAUGGCGCUCACUCGUCCUCCAAACCGAGCUUCCCGCAAGAACGCCGGGAGCUCUACGACCGAGUCUCCAAGCAAUCCACAUCUCCCGUGUAUAAUCGAAGGUCGAUCCCGCCACCCAGGCAGGCAGCUCGCAGCCAAACCCAUCCAGCGAGACUUGCUCGAGGCGACAGUGGAAAUAUGUCGUUUGUAAUGCUCACUGAAUCUCAAGUUGGACCGCCUCACGGGAUGAUCUCCGGGGCGAACGGAACCAGCGAUGGUUCAUCCCCGGGCAACAACAGGGCUGUCAGCGGCAGCACACCCGCCAACACCUCAAAUCAUCCUAGUCGAGGGGACAUCGAUGAAAGCUCCUUUGCAGAUCAGGUCGAACGUACCGCUCGGCUUUUUGACAUCAUCUCUGCCCGUUCGGACAUAGAUCAUCCCAUCUGUUUGGAAUGUACAGACCUACUGAUCGAGGGGAUGGAGAAGCGAUUGGCGGAUUCCAAGAAAGAGCGGGAUGCGUACAGCUCUUUCCUGCGAGAUCUGAAGGCUGAGAUCCCUACGGCGGAGGAAUUUGACGCGGCCCAGCAGUCCCUCAAAGACACGUUGGCUGCAGAGGAGGCGGCUUUCGCCGAGCUUCUCGCCCUCGAGAAAGAAAAGGCCGGCUUGGAUGAGGAAAUCGCCUUGCUAGAGGCCGAGGCCCGCCAGCUGGAUCUGGAGGAAGAGAAGUUCUGGCGAGAUCGCAAUGCCUUCGCUCUUACGCUUUCCGAGUUCCAGAACGAACGGGAUGCGCUGAACAUGAAGUACGACCACGAUUCCCGGCAGUUGGAAAGGCUACAGAGGACGAAUGUCUACAAUGAUGCUUUCUGCAUUGGCCACGAUGGGUUUUUUGGCACCAUCAACGGGCUGCGUCUCGGUCGCUUGGCUAACCCAUCCGUGGACUGGCCCGAGAUCAAUGCGGCCUGGGGACAAACGGCUCUGCUGCUGGCGACCGUUGCCAGCAAACUGGGGUUUCAGUUCCAGGGGUACCAACUUAAGCCCAUGGGAUCGAUGUCUCGCAUCGACCGACUCGAACCAUCCCGACCGUCUCCAGCUCAAUCAGUGAUCGGGGGAGGCAACGCAGGGCCGUCGGCGCCUCCUAAAAUCACCACGCUUGAUCUGUUCUCAUCGGGCGAGCUGCCGCUGAACUUGCCAUGGCUUCACCGCCGGUUUGACAAUGGAAUGGUGGCUUUUCUGGAAUGCCUACGUCAGCUGGGUGAGUAUGUAGAGAAGACCCCGGCGCCCGCGACUUCCAAUCGGCGAGGUCAACCGACUGCCACGGUGACCGGUCUGAAGCUGCCCUAUGAGAUCAAAAAAGACCGAAUUGGCGACGCAAGCAUCAAGCUCGGAUUCAACCAAAAUGAUGAGACCUGGACGCGUGCUUGCAAGUACACUUUGACCUGUUGUAAGUUCUUGUUGGCUCAUACCAGCAAUAUCGCCAGCGCCGGCUCCGGUAGCUCAGCUGCCAUGGCGUCUGCGGCUGUGGCAGCGGGAGAACAGGCCGCCAGUUCGCCUACCAAAUAA